AUGUGCAGCAGCACGAGUAAGGUGGUUGGGAAACGAGGCUAUCAGCCUCAAAAACACACGGUUCAACUUAACACGUUUGAACAAGCACCCACCAAGCUCCCACCAAGCUCCAACCAAGCACCAACCAAGCUCCAACCAAGCACCAACCAAGCUCCAACCAAGCACCAACCAAGCUCCAACCAAGCUCCAACCAAGCUCCCACCAAGCUCCAACCAAGCACCAACCAAGCUCCAACCAAGCACCAACCAAGCUCCAACCAAGCACCAACCAAGCUCCAACCAAGCUCCAACCAAGCUCCCACCAAGCUCCAACCAAGCACCAACCAAGCUCCAACCAAGCACCAACCAAGCUCCAACCAAGCACCAACCAAGCUCCAACCAAGCUCCAACCAAGCUCCCACCAAGCUCCAACCAAGCACCAACCAAGCUCCAACCAAGCACCAACCAAGCUCCAACCAAGCACCAACCAAGCUCCAACCAAGCUCCAACCAAGCUCCCACCAAGCUCCAAUCAAGCUCCAACCAAGCACCAACCAAGCUCCAACCAAGCACCAACCAAGCACCAACCAAGCACCAACCAAGCACCAACCAAGCUCCAACCAAGCUCCAACCAAGCACCAACCAAGCUCCAACCAAGCUCCAACCAAGCUCCAACCAAGCUCCAACCAAGCACCAACCAAGCUCCAACCAAGCUCCAACCAAGCUCCCACCAAGCACCAACCAAGCACCAACCAAGCUCCAACCAAGCACCAACCAAGCUCCAACCAAGCUCCAACCAAGCUCCCACCAAGCUCCAACCAAGCACCAACCAAGCUCCAACCAAGCACCAACCAAGCUCCAACCAAGCACCAACCAAGCUCCAACCAAGCACCAACCAAGCUCCCACCAAGCUCCAAUCAAGCUCCAACCAAGCACCAACCAAGCUCCAACCAAGCACCAACCAAGCACCAACCAAGCUCCAACCAAGCACCAACCAAGCACCAACCAAGCUCCAACCAAGCACCAACCAAGCACCAACCAAGCUCCAACCAAGCACCAACCAAGCACCAACCAAGCUCCAACCAAGCUCCAACCAAGCUCCAACCAAGCACCAACCAAGCUCCAACCAAGCUCCAACCAAGCUCCCACCAAGCUCCAACCAAGCUCCAACCAAGCACCAACCAAGCUCCAACCAAGCACCAACCAAGCACCAACCAAGCUCCAAUCAAGCACCAAUUAAACACCAAUCCAACACCAACCAAGCUCCCACCAAGCUCCAACCAAGCUCCCACCAAGCUCCAACCAAGCUCCCACCAAGCUCCAACCAUCUCACUUCUGCAUUGAGGCUCAUAAGGAGCUAA